UUUUAGCAAGCCCAAACCUAAAUUCUCAAACCCAAAUUAUAGGGUUUAAGGAUGAAAUGGAAACGAACUGCUGAACUAGCCUCCUCCUUCAACCUCUGGUUUCACCAUCCAGAAUCAAGCAAAAAAUGGCGUCUUUUUGCAGGUCAGCGGUGAUGGCGGGUUCUAGAUCCCUCUCUGUUCGAUCCAAAGCCUUUAUUUUAAAGAACCUAACCCCAAAAUCAAUCUCUCCGCCUUUCUCUUCUCCAUCAAAAAGAGCCCUCCCUUGUGCUUCAAGGAUCCUAUCGGUGUUGGGAGGAGUGGAGUCAAUGAUACCACUUCAUAGUGCUAUUGCUUCUGCUCGAUUACAAUCGAGCAUUGCUGUUGAUUCCUCCUGCUGGAGCUGGCUCUCUCAAGACUUUGCAGUUCCUCGGUGACAGAGUGAGAGCUCCAGUCAUUCCAAACCUAACUGGCUUGCAUUCGACCAACAGUUUGAUCUGCCCUAUCCUUUUUCCUUCCCUUUCAUGGCUAACUUUUGCAUCUCUCAUCUCUUUGCGAGAAUCGUUUCCUACCUGUGGCAGAAAA